AUAUAUUUUUUGCGGCGUUGCGUGAAAAUUUAAGAUGGCGACAGCGACCAGUGUGACCGUGGACUUACCGAUAAAAUAUACCGCGUGAUAUUUACAGUUUUCUGGCUAUCUGGCAUCCCUGAAUGGGCAAACACGACUUUUAUACAGUCUGCCAUUUUAAGACUUGGCCACACUAAAAAGUGAAUCAGAAUGAAAUUAAAGAAAUAAUUGCACAAAACGGUACAAAAGACAUUAAUUAUAGCAAUUUAGGCUUUGAAUAUUGGGCCCAAACUCUCUCCGCUUGUGUCAGGUGCCCGUUAAAGACCUGCAGCCAACGUGUGUGCUACGGGAAAGCAAGUGCAAAGUGGACAACUCCCUAAUUUUGAUAGCAUCGCAUCACACAGAGACAUGUCCUCGCUGUCCGCGUCCGCGGAAAACGUAUCCACGCUUGGGAUCAGCGGUGGCCACGACUCCAACUCGCAUCUCGGCUCGGAUGGGGGCUCCAGCAUGUGCCUGGAGCUGGCCCUGGAGGGGGAGCGCCUCUGCAAGGCGGGCGACUGUCGGGCAGGCGUGGCCUUCUUCCAGGCCGCCAUUCAGGCGGGCACCGAGGAUCUGCGCACCCUAUCCGCCAUCUACUCGCAGCUGGGCAACGCUUACUUCUACCUGGGUGACUACUCCAAGGCCAUGCAGUACCACAAGCACGACUUGACGCUGGCCAAGUCCAUGAACGACAAGCUGGGCGAGGCCAAGUCCUCCGGAAAUCUCGGCAACACUCUGAAGGUGAUGGGACGCUUCGAUGAAGCGGCCAUCUGCUGUGAUCGACACCUGACCCUCGCCCGCCAGCUGGGCGACCGACUCUCCGAGGGAAGGGCCCUCUACAAUCUGGGCAAUGUCUAUCACGCCAAGGGCAAGCACAUGGGCCAGCGGAAUCCUGGCAAGUUCGGCGAGGAUGUGAAGGAGGCCCUGGCCAAGGCCGUGGAGUUCUACCAGGAGAACCUCAAGCUAAUGCGCGAUCUGGGGGAUCGCGGUGCCCAGGGCAGGGCGUGCGGUAAUCUGGGGAACACGUACUACCUCCUGGGCGACUUCCAGGCGGCCAUCGAGCAUCACCAGGAGCGGCUGCGCAUCGCCAGGGAGUUUGGCGAUCGGGCGGCCGAGCGCAGGGCCAACAGCAACCUGGGAAACUCUCACAUCUUCCUCGGGCAAUUCGAGGACGCCGCCGAGCACUAUCGUCGCACCCUGGCCCUGGCCGUGGAGCUGGGCGAGCGCGAGGUGGAGGCCCAGUCGUGCUACAGCCUCGGGAACACGUACACCCUGCUGCACGAAUUCAACACAGCCGUGGAGUUCCACAAUCGACAUCUGGCCAUUGCCCAGGAGCUGGGCGAUCGCAUUGGCGAGGCCCGUGCCUGCUGGUCCCUGGGCAAUGCCCACUCCGCCAUGGGCAACAAUGAGCGAUCGUUGCAGUAUGCCGAAUCGCAUCUACAGUUGGCCAAAGAGCUGCACGAUCCCGUGGGCGAGAGCACGGCUCGUGUGAAUAUCUCCGAUUUGCGCAAGCUUCUGGGCCUGCCAGAAACCGAGCGGAGUCCCACAGAGGAGGAGCGUUCGAGUGCCUCGGAUCACUCACAUCAGUCGGACGGAUCAGAGAACUCGCAGGGCAGAAUGAUACGCGUACGUCGCCAGAGCAUGGAGCAAUUGGAUCUGAUCAAAAUCACGCCGGAUGGCAAGCGGCUGCAGGAGGAGAAGCACAGGGCGGCGUCUGCUGCCAACAAGAAUACAAAGGCCAAAGACGAUGACUUCUUCGAGAUGUUAUCGCGAUCGCAGUCAAAGCGCAUGGACGACCAGCGCUGCUCGAUCAAGAUCAAUCCGAAUGGUCCGUCAGUGGCUGGAGCCGUCACAGGAGGAGCCACACGCAAGCCGCUGGUGCAGCAGAACUCUCUGUUUGUGGACCCCACGAAUCUGCCUGGCCUGAAGUCGCCGUCGUCGGGCAAUGCUAGUGCCAUGGCCCAUGCACCGCUGACCAGGAGUGCCACCACCACGGCGCAGCCGGAUGAGGCUUUCCUCGACAUGCUCAUGCGCUGCCAGGGCUCGCGACUGGAGGAGCAGCGCUCGGAAUUGCCGCGUCCAAACGUGACAAUGGAUGCGGAGGCCCCGCAGCAGCAGGCGCCCGAGGCACAGGCCGGACGUGGGGCCACGGUGCCCGACGAGGACUUCUUCUCGCUCAUCAUGAAGGUGCAGAGCGGACGCAUGGAGGAUCAGCGGGCGUCGAUACCGUUCGGCGGCUUCCGGAAUGCGAACAACAACCAAAACAACAAUCGGAACAACAAUGGAGCAGCCGGCGGUGCUGCCAAGUAAAUGCAGUGGAGAUAAUGUCCAAAAAAAAGUCCAAAAUCCAAAAACUCAAUCCUAUCAGUCCAUUCCUUGCAGCAUCAGCAGCAGCGGCAGCAGCUCCAUCUGAUUCCGGAUUACUGACUCCUGAUUCAUUUGUUAUACGUAACAUUUUACAUUUUACGGCCAUUUCUGCGUCAUUUUUGGGGCAAUGAUUUAGGGCCGUGCUAACCCUUUUUGUUCUUUUAUAAGAUUUAUACACAUAAAAAAAGAAAACAAAAACCAUUUAUUUAUGAAGAAUAGCGACUAACAAAAGUAACCAAAUAUUAGAGAGACAAAAUGAGAGCAAACUUCCGGGCAACUUUCGGCCCCCCCAUCCACCCGUUCAUCAUCCAUCACUCAAUCAUUCGAUCAUUAGAUUCAUGCAAAGUUUAGCGUUGAUAUUGCACACAAUAUACAAUACAAUACGAU